AAGGUAGUGUUUUGUGCUAUGAUGAUGGUGGCGUUUCUGAGUUCAGAGAGAGGUGAGAGCAGAAGAGAGAGGAGCGAGACAAGUGGGUUGGUGUAUUCAGCUAUAAGUUGCAGAAGUCACAGUGCAUCACUGGUGGAUUUUGGAGGAGUUGGGGAUGGCAAGACUCUGAAUACGAAGGCUUUUGAGAGAGCAAUAAGCGAACUGAGACGCUAUGCAUCUGAAGAAGGAGGAGGAGCUCAACUGUAUGUUCCCGCCGGAAAAUGGCUCACCGGCAGUUUCAGCCUCAUCAGUCACUUCACUCUCUUUCUCCACAGAGAUGCUUUUCUUCUUGCUUCUCAGGAUAUAAAAGAGUGGCCGGUGAUGGAAGCAUUGCCGUCAUACGGCAGAGGAAGAGAUGCAGCGGCGGGAAGGUACAGAAGCCUCAUCUUUGGAACAAAUCUCACAGAUGUCAUUAUCACUGGGGACAAUGGGACCAUAGACGGACAAGGGGCAUAUUGGUGGACACAGUUUCGUGGAAAACAGUUAGAUUACACUCGGCCUCACUUAAUUGAGAUCAUGUACUCUCAGCACGUCCAGAUCUCUAAUCUAACUCUCCUUAACUCCCCAUUUUGGAAUCUUCAUCCUGUUUAUAGCAGCAAUAUCAUCAUUCAAGGCCUCACCAUCAUAGCGCCUGUCAAUUCUCCAAAUACCGAUGGCAUCGAUCCAGAUUCUUGCACAAACACGAGGAUAGAAGAUUGCUACAUAAUUUCUGGAGAUGACUGUGUGGCUGUUAAGAGCGGAUGGGACGAGUACGGCAUAAAGUUCGGAUGGCCUACAAAACAACUGAUAGUGAGACGACUUACGUGCACUUCUCCUUAUUCCGCAGCCAUUGCCUUGGGAAGCGAGAUGUCAGGAGGCAUCCAAGAUGUCAGAAUGGAGGAUAUCACAGCCAUCAAAACAGAAUCUGGGAUCAAAAUUAAAACAGCUAUAGGAAGAGGAGGGUAUGUCAAGGACAUAUACCUCAAGAGAAUGACCAUGCACACUAUGAAAUGGGCGUUCUUUAUGACUGGCAAUUAUGGUUCCAAUGCUGAUAACAACUUUGAUCCUAAGGCCUUACCUCAGAUCAGAGGCAUUCAUUACAGAGAUAUAGUGGCUGAGGAUGUGACCACUGCAGCUCUGUUGCAGGGGAUUUCUGGUGACCCCUUCACCGGAAUCUGCGUCACCAAUGUGACAAUAGGGAUGGCCGCUGGGGCAAAGAAACCUUCAUGGUCAUGCAAGAAUGUUGAAGGAAUGACAAGUGGCGUCACGCCUCCACCGUGUCACUUGUUACCUGCUCAGCAGUCGGAGAACUUUUUAGCUUGCAAUUUUCCAGAAGAGAGUCUACCCAUUGAUAACUUGGAGCUUAAGAAAUGCUUUAACAGCAUCAAACAUGCAUAAGUUGCACAAACGUUAAUUAGUAUAUGUA